AGAUCAUGCAAACUCCACACAGAAAGACCUGGGUCACCCCAGCCGGGAAUCGAACCCAGUGUUCCAUGUUGUCUCCAUUAAUGAAUGCUAGCUCUCACUGUGGUUCCCAGGAGUCCCUAAGCUUUAGAAAUGACUAUUUUAAGACACGCUGCAACAAAGUUCAUUAACACUGAGGUAAAUAACAGAUUAGAACAGUAAUUUUUAGUCUACUUAUUCUUCAGUAGAGCUCAGUAACACUAAGAUAUAUAACUGAUCAGCACAGGUAUUUAUCAGUCUAUUCAUGCUUUAGUAGAGAUUAAUGACACUGAGAUAAAUAACUGAUCAGCAGAGUGAUUUGUCAGUCUCCUCAUGCUUUUUUAUGAAAUUUGCAAAUAGUUUUAAGUAGAGUCAAUAUUAUAAUUUGUGUAAUGCAAAUAUUGUAAAAAAAAAUGGAGAACUAAAUGGAAAGGUGGGACUAGAAAAGGAGCAAGCAAAGGUACCACCUGUUCAGUCCUAGAAGGAGAAUCUCACAGCUCUUCUGCUACCCUGACUGGAUUUCUGUAUGUGUUUACCAGGUAUGACAAAUCAACAUGGACAAAGCAUAAAAUGAUCAUCGUUGUCAGAUCUCAACUUUCUGCAUUUCUGUUCUAGGUGCAGGAAAUCCAUGUCACCACUAAAUUCUUCAUAUUCAAACACCACAGAUUCAAAUAGAUGCUACGAAAAUGACUUCUCUAAAACAUGCUGGACAGUUAUCACAGUUAUAUGUUGCCUCCUGGGUUUGCCAGCUUCUAUGUUGGUACUACGGGAACUUCUCCAGAGACAAAGGUCCAGUGACUUUUUUAUGUUCAAUCUGACAACCAAUGAUGUUCUUUUUUUAUGCGUUAUCCCAUUCAGUAUCUUAAAUACUCAAUUGUGGCAUACUGAACAAAUUGAAUGGAUUGACAACUUCUUGGAUGGGCUUUGUUUAUGUAGUAGACCUCUCUUCAUGUCCUGUAUUUGUGCAGAGUGUUAUUUUGCUGUGGUUUAUCCAAUAAUGUACAUGGCCAGUAGGAGAGGCCUUACAAUCCGAAAAAUAACCACUGUAUUAAUCUGGUUCAGCACAAUAGGUUUUAGCCUAGUUAAACGUUUAAAAACUGAGACAUUGACCUUUUCUUUUAAUGCCACUCCUCUUUUAAUAGCUUUACCGGUCAUCACGUUCUGUGAUAUUUCAGUACUUCGAGCUCUGAAAAAAACAGAUCCAUCAGGAAACACCAACAUCCAUCCUCAGAAGAAGCAGAUUUUUCUCAUUAUUACCAACAGCUUCAUCAUGACAGUCUUUGUGUAUCUACCAUCAGUGAUCAGUUUCUUAAUUUCAGGCCUGGGUCCUAAUUCACUUAAAUGCAUAUCUGAAGGACUAGGAUAUGCCUUCUCCAUGACUGGAUCUUUUAUAAUGCCUAUUUUAUAUUUAGACAGUGUGGGAAAGUUACAGAGCUUAAAGGAAUUGUGGAGGAAAUAUAUUUAAACUGGAAGAUGGCCUUUCUCAUCAGUAAAGAAAACAAAAUUAACAAAUGAUGGAAUGGGGUUGCUUAUUUAUAUAUAUUGUAUAUUUAACAAGAUUCCCAGUAACUGCACUGGCCACACAGCCCCACAGCAUGAUGGAACUGCCACCAAAUUUUACUUUUGGUUGCAAGUGUUUGUCUUGGAAUGCUGUGUUAUUUUUCCACCAUGCAUA